CACUCCGUGAACCGGACAUCUGUACACAGCCAGAGUUUGUCCAUUUUUGUGGCCGUUGAAGCCGAGCCGAGUCGUGCCCCUUGACGAUGAAGACCUGUGUAAUUCUCCUCUCCGUCCUGUCCCUGGCUGCGGCCACCCUACCCAACCUAGUGGACCUCGCUAGCGCCAACAACGCGACAACCCUUACACAGUUCCUGGCCACGGCAGGGCUUGCCGAUGUCAUCAGGGAUCAAGGCCCUUUCACUAUAAUUGCUCCUGUUGACUCCGCUUUUGCCAAAAUUCCAAGCGAAGUUGCCGCCAACCUUACUGCCAAUCCAAAUGAACUGGCUAACAUUCUCCAAUAUCACGUCGUCAAGGGAGAGAUCUUCACCUUUGACCUCAAAUCCGGACAAGUCCUCACAAGUUUGAACGGUCACUCCAUCAGAGUGUAUGUGAGCGGAGGUCAAAUCUUCUUCAACCAAGCCAAGGUUGUAUCCGCGGACGUGCUACAGGGAUCCAAUGGAGUUAUCUACCUUGUGGAUGAGGUCCUGAGUGUCCCCGAGGGAACUAUCGACCAGGUUCUCAUGAACCCUGAUUAUAACAUCAGCGAGUUUCUCGAGAUCGUCAAAGUGGCCCAUCUAGAGAGCGUCCUUAACAGGACUUCCGGAACAAGAUACACAGUGUUCGCACCUUCAAAUGCAGCCAUCAAUUCUCUGGACCCCGCCAUUCUCCAGAAAAUCAAGUCCAGCUACUCCCUGGCCCAUCGUUUGGUGGAUUACCACAUUCACCGUGGAACCCUCCACGAGAAAUCCCUUGACCACAGCGGUCACAUAAACACCAUGUACACUGGCCACACAAUCACGCUCACUGUCGACAAAGAUGGCGUCACAAAGCUAAACAACGUGGCAACUUUACAAGAAACUGACAUCGAGGCUGAAGAUGGCGUUGUUCACGUGAUCAGUCACGUGCUCAUUCCUAGUACACUCUUCAGUUCUAUUGUUGGAUGAUGCUUUUUCUCUGUUUUAGUCGACGCUACACGGGCAAACAACAAAUAAAAUAGUUUAACAUAUUAAA